AUGCCGCGCAAGGCCUCGGUUGAGGAUCUCAGUUCUGACUCUCCAGAAGAUUCCAGAGAAUGCACCAGCAGGCGGGUCUCCUUGUUUGCCUAUGAUUACCAUCAGUGUGACUCUAAGCGCUGUUCCGCCAAGCGACUAGAAAAGCUUCAUCUCUGCCGCUCCAUCCCCAAAACGGCCUUCUUCAAAGGGAUACUCUUGAGCUCCGAAGGGGUCUACGUGAUAUCCAGACUUGAUCGAAACACGGUACAGCAGCAUGGACUUGCCACCGUUGAUUGUUCAUGGAAUGAGAUAUUAGCUGAUCAGGUGCCCAUUACAAAACUGAAGUGCAGAAACCAUCGACUACUUCCGUUUCUCCUAGCAAGCAACCAGGUUAACUAUGGCAAGCCCUUUAAACUGAACUGCGCAGAGGCCUUUGCCGCAGGCCUGUGGAUAUGUGGCUAUCGGGACCAAGCUCUAGACACGAUCCAGAGGUUCCCCUAUGCAAAAGCGUUUCUCGAUUUGAACGAGGAGCUUCUCGAUCGCUAUGCCUCGUGUGAGACGAGUGAAGCGGUGCUUGCUGUGCAGGAGGAAGUUAUGAACCAGCUAGAAAACGAACAAAGAGAGCGAGAGCUACGGAAACAGACCACCAACUACCAGGAGUCAGUCAGCCACACAAGUGACACAUACGACGACAGCGACAAGUAA